UGGGAAAACAAUCUACAGUGGACCAAUAGGAGAGCGCUCCUGCAAAGUGAUUGAGUACUUUGAGAAAAUUUCUGGAGUCCCAAAAAUAAAGAGUAACUGUAAUCCAGCUACUUGGAUGAUGGAUGUAACAUCGACAUCAAUGGAGGUCCAACACAAUAUGGACUUUGCAAUUUUGUAUGAAGAGUCGUCACUGCAUAGAGAAGCUGAAGAUCUAGUGGAGCAGCUAAGUAUCCCAUUACCAAAUUCAGAAAAUCUAUGUUUCUCCCAUAGUUUUGCACAUAAUGGCUGGAUUCAACUUAAAGCUUGCUUGUGGAAACAAAACAUAACUUACUGGAGAAGUCCUCAGUAUAACUUGAGGCACAUUAUGAUGACUGUCAUAUCUGCCCUGAUCUACGGAGUAUUGUUCUGGAAGCAUGCAAAAGUAUUAAACAACGAGCAGGACAUGCUCAGUGUUUUUGGUGCAAUGUAUUUGGGUUUCACAACCAUAGGCGCCUUCAUAACCUAG